AGGCAUCGUUUGCCAGAAACCGGUCUCUCGAUCGCGACAGAUUUUGGAAUCAAAGUAUAUACAUUUAUAAUUUGUAAUAAUGGCAACGGCGAAGUUCAAAGAGACAUCUCCCUACGUCAAACCGAAGCCUUCACCACCUGAGGAUGAUUAUCUAUAUAAAAAAUAUUUAGAACACUUCCCCCUGAAAGCGGAGAACGAACCGAUAGUUAAAGUGGCUCUGUUCGGCGUGGGUCGUGCCGGGACGAUACAUUUAGCAACUAUGAAUUCUAGUAAACGUGUCCAAAUUUUAUAUAUUGUUGAUGACGUCGAAAGUAAUUGGCAAAACUUGCGAAAGUACUGGCAUCUGGACAACGUUACCUUCUUAAAUAGCAAGCAGUCUGAUAAAGUAUUCAAAGAUCCCAAUGUCGAUGCGGUUUUCGUGGCGUCACCGACUUACACACAUGAAGGUAUAGUUAUCAAAGCUCUGGAAGCAAAGAAGGCAGUCUUCUGUGAAAAACCCAUAGCAGAGGAUCGCCCAAACACCGUCAAAUGCUACGAGAUGGCCAAGAAAGUUGGCAAGCCACUAUUUAGCGCGUUCAAUCGGCGAUUCGAUCCAAGUUAUUCGAAUCUGAAAGAACGAGUUCGCAAAGGGGAGGUUGGACACGUCCACAUGAUUAAAACAGUCUCUCGUGACUCUCCCCUGCCCUCUAUAGACUAUUUGAAAGUAUCCGGCGCUAUCUUCCACGAUUGCUUGGUCCACGAUAUCGACAUGAUAACUUGGGUUCUCGGAGAAUACCCAGAUAAAGUUUCGGUCCUAGCCCACGCAAAUAUCCCAGAAAUCAAGGCCAUUGGAGACUUCGACACGGUUGCAGUGAACUUACAUUUUCCAUCAGGAACAGUUGGCAUGAUCGAUUUAUCGCGCAACAGCUCAUACGGAUAUGAUCAACGACUGGAAGCCUUCGGUCCGAAAGGCAUGCUGCAAGCCGCCAAUGAACAGUUUCACUCCGUUCAUGCGUAUAAUGAACUACAAGGGAUUACCACCGCCCCGAUCUUCUACUCAUUCGCUAGCCGUUUUAUGAACGGCUAUCUGAGAGAGUUUGAUCACUUCCUCGAUGUGGUACAUGGUAAGGUUGAAUCGCAGGUCAAGUCGAAGGAAACCUUGGCGGUGAGUAAGAUCGCUACGGCCUGUGAAGAGUCCGCUCGCAUGGGGAAAGUCGUGGAACUCACAUGGACCAAGGACGAGUUGCCGGAUAAUUUAUGAGGAGAAACAGCAAAAUUUCAGCAAAACUUCAACAAAACUAUUAUUACAGUCGUAUAAUAUUAUCUUCUUUGA